AUGUCGGCGCAAGAAAGAACGGCAUUCAUCUCGGCGCUUAAAUGCAUGAAUACAGCACCUAGUAGAUCACCCCGGGGACUCGACAAUAAUGCUCGGAAUAGAUGGGACGACUUCACCAUAGCCCACAACAUCAACACCCCCACAAUCCACUGGUCAGGCCUCCUAAUGCCCUGGCACAGACACUACCUCUCCGUCCUCGAAACGACCCUCCGMACAGAAUGCAACUACGCCGGCUCCCUCCCAUACUGGGACUACGCCAAAUACCUCUCCCUCCCCCUAUCCUCCAACCCCCUCUUCGACGGCUCCGCAACCUCUCUAGGCAGCACAGGCCACGGCCCAGGAAACUGCAUAACAGACGGCCCCCUCACAGAUUUCGUCGUCAACAUGCCACCCCCCGACCCCUCCUCCUCCGCAAGGCAAAAAAACCCCCGAUGUAUAAAACGCAACCUCUCCCCAAACUCCGUUUUAGCACAAUAUGUUUCUUACGAACGCAUGACUUCUGUGAUAAGAGAUUCAGAGGAUAUUGUGGCUUUUCAUCAAGGAUUAGAGGGGCCUGAUGGGUUGCAUCCACAACCGCAUACGUGGGUCGGGGGUUUGCAGAAUAAUAUCUAUUUGGCUGCGCAGGAUCCUUGGUUUUUUUUACAUCAUGCUAUGAUUGAUCGCGUUUGGGUUAUGUGGCAGAUGGGGGAUUGGGAGGGGAGGAAGGGGGCGUUGGAUGCUGGGAGUUGGUUUGUUGAUCGGGAGAGGUUGGAGUUUGGUGCUUUACCCCCUGCUACGCUGGAUACGACGUUGUAUCUCUCGCCCAUUUUUCAAAAUGUUACUAUUAGGGAGGCGAUGAAUCCUACGGGUGGAGCGCUUUGUUAUAUGUAUGAUUGA